AACCAGUCAACAACCCAAUUGUCAUGUCCUGAUGGAGGCAGAGAAGAGAACAGGAACCGGACUCCACUGGAUCAACUGGAAUUUCUAUGAUUCCCAUCCAAUUCCACAGGAACCUGGUUCAGCUUUACUUGCUAGGACACUUUUGCUUUGUGACCUGAGGCAACUUUACAUCAGUUGUCCAUGAGCUAAUCUAUGCUGUGCCAAGGAUUCUAGUCUCAUCCCGUGCCAUCUAAUCUGAAUAAAUGAAGAAAGUGACUAUGAAAUCGCAACAUCUACAAUCUGCUAUUUCCAUCAGUGAGAACAAGUACAUUACCAGAGAUCAGCUUAACACUUUACUGAAGACGUAUAACUAUUUUUAUGCUGACCAAGAAAAUCUGCAGCUCUCCUAUAAUCAGCCAGAAGGCAGCAAACCAGUUAUUGAAGGAAUCCUGGCUAUUUUUUGGGGAGUACGUUGUCCCAUCUGGUUAAAAAUCCAAGAUGAGAAGCAAAUUCCCCCUUUUGUGACUCUGAAGUCGCCAGAGCGUGUGGGUUUGUUCCCUAGUAAAAGGGGGAUGAUGCGCUGGGGCGAAGUUCAUAAUCUCCAUCACAUUAGCGAAGAGACACCAAAUUCUUCAGAAGAACCCCCAAACCAUGAGGCAGGUUGCUUCUCUUAUGAGAGCAGCACCCUGAAGCCAAGGAGUGUGCAGGAGCUCAACUCCCUGACCCCACACAGAAGCAGAACCUUGAGUGAUGCUGCACAAGUGAGGAAAAGGGAAAAUUCCCCCACAAUAGCAAGAAAAGAUGUGGACACGCACAGGUUCUCCAUUAAUGGGCAUUUCUACAACUAUGAGACGUCAGUUUUCACUCCAGCCUUUGGAUCAGAAACUAAAAUAAGAAUAAACAGUAACAUGAAAACAGGAGAGGUAAUAGAGCAACUGCUUCAGAAAUUUAAGAUUGAAAACAGUCCACAAGAAUUUGCACUUUAUAUCAUCCAUGCAUCAGGAGAAAAGAAAAGGCUCAAGAACACAGACACUCCACUGCUGGAGAGACUUUUACAGGGUCCCUCAGAAAAGAUUGCCCAAUUUUUUCUCAUGGACAAGAAUGCAGAAGAAGUUACCAGUGAUGUUGCUCAGUACCUUAAAUUUCACGUUCCUCUUCUGGAAUCCUUUCUGCACAAACUAGAUGAAGAAGAAGAACGGGAGAUUCAACAGACAAUUGCAAAAUACGGUAGGGAGAAGGAUAUCAUCCGUCAGCAUCUUGACAGUAAAACAGUAAUAAAAACGGAGACUACUGUAUAAUGUCACAGCCUGCAACUGAUAAAACACUUCCUCCAAGUCAAA